GAGGUCGGCCGCGUCGACCAAGGGCAUGCGCCGGGUGCUGGCCGCGCUGCAGCUAGAAGACCACGACGGGCAGAUGCCCUCCGGAGCGCCGGCCGUGGCGGCGUACAAGUUCCAGGGGAGCAUGAUCCUGGACAUGCUGAAGUCCCUGCAGGACCGGUUCCGGAGAGAGAUCGGCGAGUUGGAGAAAGCGGAGAUGAACAGCGCGCAUGCGUACUCCAUGGAGAAGCUUCACACCGAGAACCUGCUCGAGAACCUGAAGGCGGAGCGCCAGGAGCUCGCUGAGCGCAAGGCCGCGGUCACCGCACGGCUUGCCGCCGCCAGGGGCGAGCUGGCGGAGACCGAGAAAAACCUCGCGGCUGACAGGGCCUUCCUCGCCGACUUCGAGGCGACCUUCAAGGUGAAGAACGCCACCUUUG